UCUAAAUUUAUUGGUUAAUUUGAGUGAAGAAGAGGUUGGUUGGUGUAGCUACUGAAAGGAAACCAAGUGGAAGGCUUUACUUGGAGGAAGCAAGAAACUGGACAACCUCGUCGUUUUGCUUCUUCUUAUGUUGCUCUGGCCCUUUCUUAUCAUCUUUCACUCUGUUCAAGAUUUGUCAUAACAACAACAACAAUAUUAUUAUUAUUAUUCUGCACACAAAAGCAUAAGAAAAAAAAAAAAAUCUUUUUGCAGAAAACUCGCAUUCCCCAUUUCCCGCUCCUCAAUUGUAUGAAACCACCUUCUUCUCCGUCUCACAAUGCUUCCAGCUUUUGCAUUUGAGUAACCCAGUUUUUUGAAGCAGAUUUCAUUUUUCUCUUUCUCGUUUCGCGAGAAAGUUGAACGAGAAAUGAAUAGCAGAACACGCACCACUCUUCACUCGGUGAAACCUCCUUUAAAUGAUUCUAAACAGGGGAAGAUGGAAACUGGAGGGAAGAGAACAAUGGGUGGGCACAAGAAUGGGCGCCGAUCCAAUCGAGAAAGGAAAAUGGCUUUGAUUCAAGAUGUAGAUAAGUUGAAGAGGAAGCUCAGACAUGAAGAGAAUGUUCAUAGAGCUUUAGAAAGAGCAUUCACAAGGCCUUUGGGAUCUCUGCCUCGUCUUCCUCCUUAUCUUCCUCCUUAUACAUUGGAGCUGUUGGCUGAAGUAGCAGUGUUGGAGGAGGAGGUGGUUAGACUUGAAGAGCAGGUUGUGAACUUUCGUCAAGGUUUAUAUCAGGAAGCUGUGUACAUUUCCUCCAAGAGGAAUGCAGAGAAUUUGAAUGACCCUAUUGACCAAAACACAAUCAGGAGUUCCAAGCAUCAGAGAUCAAAAUCUAUGUCUCAAAGUGAGUUCAAUUCAACUAUGAUGGGUAGGCCUCAUCCUUCUCUUGCCAGAAGUGCCUCCAGCAGAAAACUACUGUUCUCUUCUGACACUAUCAAUGAACACGCUGGGAAGCUAGUCCAUGGAAAGCAAUUGCACAGAAAACAAGAUUCAUUCUCAUCUAUCCCGGAAGAGGGAAGGGGAAAAGAGAAUCGAUCAUUUGGUAACUUUGUGAAGGAUAAACAAUCACCGGAAAAGAAAACACCAACCAAAGUUACUUCUCCAAUAAAGAAAUCUCCGCUCAAGCAAGAAUCAGCUGAGAAGUGCAUGGAUCACUUGAGGUUACAGUUGGACUGGAGAUUAGCAGACCAUGAAAGGGCUCAGAGUUCUUCAAGUUCAUCAGAUGAUAAGGUGUCAGAAGUUGAUAUCACACCGAAUAGAGUUUCAGAGGAUAUUGUAAAGUGCUUGAGUAGCAUUUUUGUUAGAAUUGGUACAUCCAAGGACAAAAUUGGGGAAGCAAAAACGCCUUCGCGCUCUGCAUCAGCUUUCAACCAAUUCGGCAAGGAAAAGGAUCAAUUUUGUGAUCCUUAUAGUAUCUGUUCAGAAUCCAAAACAAGAGAAGUCGGUCCAUAUAAAAGAUUAUGUGAAGUCAAAGCCUCCACUGUUGAUAUGAACCGGGCAUCAAAUGCUGUGUUUCUGAUCCACAGAUUAAAGUUCUUACUUGGGAAACUAGCUUCUCUCAACUUAAAGGGUCUUACUCAUCAAGAAAAACUUGCAUUCUGGAUAAACGUCUACAAUUCCUGCAUGAUGAAUGCAUAUUUAGAGCAUGGCAUUCCUGAGAGUCCAGAAAUGGUUGUAGCAUUAAUGCAGAAGGCAACUAUUGUAGUGGGGGGCCAGUUACUCAAUGCAAUUACCCUGGAGCAUUUCAUCUUGAGACUGCCUUAUCACCUCAAGUUUACGUGUCCAAAAGCUGCAAAAAAUGAUGAGGUUAAAGCACAAAGCAUAUUUGGCCUGGAAUGGUCUGAGCCCUUAGUAACAUUUGCACUUUCCUGUGGAAGUUGGUCUUCACCUGCAGUGAGAGUUUAUACAGCAUCACAAGUUGAUGAUGAGUUAGAAGCAGCAAAGAGAGACUAUUUACAAGCUUCAGUUGGUAUCACAAAAUCAAACAAGUUAAUAAUCCCCAAGUUGUUGGACUGGUAUUUACUGGACUUUGCAAAGGACUUAGAAUCUUUGUUGGAUUGGGUCUGCCUCCAACUACCUGACGAAAUGAGAAACCAAGCAGUUGAAUGCCUUGAAAAGAGGGGAAGAGAUUCUCUAUCACAGAUGGUACAAAUGAUGCCCUAUGAUUUUAGUUUCAGGUUACUUUUACACCAGUAAGUUCUGAGAACUGGUUUCUUAAAGUUUGAUGUGGUGGGUUUUUUGUACAUUGGUGGUUCACACAGAAAGUACAUAAGCCAAAACGCGUAAUGUUUUCUCAGUUGGGAAUGGGUUUUGGCAUUUGGGUCAUUGCUGGUUAGUUAUGCUUUUCGGAGAUAUACAUAGAAAUGGAGAGUUUUUAAAUCUUAGACAUUCAUUUUGGCUGCAACUUUUUGGGUUUAUAAUAAUAUCAUAUGUUGGUUUAA